CUGAGCAGGACACCUAAAGGCAGCACCGAUACAAACCUGCCUCUAGCCUCGCAAACAACAAGCGGCACAAAUCCAGGACAGACUGUCGGUUUUUGCAGCUAUUUCAACGUAACGGCACUUGUUUAUACACAGUGAGCAUUUAUCUGUUUCCUUUCAGACGUGCACAGGACGGAGGGAUGAUGACAGUGGUUUAUAAGGACGACCAGGAGGACUGGCUCACAGUGUGUCUCAAGUACCUGCUUUUCGUCUUUAACCUUCUCUUCUGGGUGGGCGGAGCAGCUGUUCUGGGCGUAGGAAUCUGGACGCUGGUGGAAAAGAGCGACUACUUGAGUCUACUGGCCUCAAGCACCUUUGCUGUCUCGGCGUGGAUCCUCAUCCUGGCUGGCAGCCUGGUGGUGGUGACGGGGUUCUUGGGCUGUUGCGCGGUCAUCCGAGAGCGGAGAAUCUGCUUGUCCACGUAUUUUUUCUGCCUGCUGUUGAUCUUCUUGAUUGAGUUGGUGGCUGGUGUCCUGGCGUAUGUCUACUACCAGAAGCUGAGCAAGGAGCUGAAGCAGCAUCUUAACCAAACUAUGACUGAGAACUACGCCCAGCCUGGGAAGGAGGCCAUCACAUCAGCUGUGGACCGACUUCAACAGGAUUUCAAAUGCUGUGGCAGCAACAACUCCCACGACUGGAUGUUGAGCGUGUACAUUUCUUCAAAGCGGGCAGAAGGUCGCGUGGUGCCUGACAGUUGUUGCAAAACCAUCACGCCGUACUGUGGCAGGCGAGACCACCCCUCCAACAUCUACAAGGUGGAGGGUGGCUGCAUCUCCAAGCUGGAACAGUUUCUUGCAGACCACCUGCUGGUCAUUGGUGCUGUGGGAAUAGGUGUGGCCUGUCUGCAGCUGACCGGCGCAGUCUUGACAGCCUGCUUUAUUUACUGGCUAUAUAAAGAGGAGGAGGACUUCUUCGGUACUUUAUGAUUAGCUGUUGAGCAACUUUGUGGUUUAAUCCACGGCAGACACAAGAUCUGUGGGAUGGUGUUCACCUGCUUCUUGCACAGAAGGAUCAAGAUGGAGCCUUACUGAGCACGCCAUCAUGGUGUAGGAUCCAGCUCCAAUCCAAUUCCUGAGUCUUGAACAGUCACUUGGCAGCCGAAAACAAGAGUACAGACAUGUUGUACUUCAACUAGACCGCAGUACCAAGCGACUGUGCCACUGAUCACCCAGGAUCCUUCUCGUUCUAUAGACCUCAUAUCAUGCAUUUUAAUUUCUGAUACCUGGCUGUGGACCUGAGUUGUUGUGGAACAUCAUUUGCAUGUUGUGAGCAGGAUGAAGAACCAGACCUAAUUUUUUGUUCACUAUGGAGAUACUCAUUGAAGUGAAAGUGUUUCACAAGUGAUGCAAGUAAGGAUGGCGCAGUUAAUGAAGCUAAUUUAACAAUAAUUAAUAAUUAAUAAAUAAUUUUGCUCCAUUAUGCCACCUAGUGGCUGGUAGGGAAGCUAUUUAACAAAGUUGAUAAUCAUACAGACUUGCACUAAUGUGACAGUACGUGUUAUAACAAUAUGCUGCUUCAUUGUGAGAUGUAAAAGUCCCUUAAUGUACAUUAAGACAUUUAUAUGAUUAUGCUGCAAUUAUCUAGUUAAAGUGAAAAAUGUUUGCAUUUGUCUAUCAAAGGGUGAUCUUGGCAAGUCAGUGUGUAACAUACAGCUGGUAUAUUUGUAUACAUAUUUUUGGUUCAAAGUUUUAUAUAUUUUGUGCGUGGGUGUUGGCAGGAGUCACUCGUGUGUAAGAGAUGAAGGAUGCUCACGUAGAACGUGAUUAAAAUAUUCGCAUGUAUCUCA